GCUUUUUACUCUUGUGUACGUGCGUGUCGUAGUGUCAGGCGCUUUCUGUGUUUCUGUAUACCGGCAUUCGACUUUAAUCAUCAAAACCUUGUACGCACGUAAUUGUCAUCAGUUUAGACGCUUAAUUAUGACGCAUUUAUUACUUCACUUUUCGUUUUUAUUCUUCUUCUUUGAUGACUGGCUGGUUCCUGGUAUUCCACAACUUUUGGUCGCUGAUUCUUGACAUCCCUCACCUUUUGAUCGCUGGUUUCUAACAUCUCUCAACCCUGGCUGAUGGAAGGAACAUGAAUGAAGAUUUUUUUCACAGACUGGUGGACAGUCAACCUGGCGAACGGCUCGGAGCGUGACUCCCCUUGGAGCUGUGGGGGUGGCAGCGGUAGCGGCCGCAGGCCCCUCACCUCCAUAAUCGAGCACCUACGCACGUCCAAAAGCAGGCUUCACAAUGGUUCAGAGAAGAACGGAUUUCCUGAUGCCGCUGCUUCGUUCACUUGUCAGUUCGGUGAGGUAUCGGGUGAAAACGUGUCCGCGAGCUCUGGACCACGUGGCGGCGAUCGUGGAGAGGCGACUGACUUAGGCUCACACACGGAAAACAACGACGGGGCCACCCUGGCCGCGAACACAGCGGUCGACGCUAGGGGCGGAAGCCCCCAGGGUGCCCACCUGUCGGGUGCGGCCACCCCGAGGCCACCCAGAGGUCGAAGGCGGCAAAACCAGAAUGGCCUCGACACCACUCAAGUUAAAACGGAACGUCUCACGCCAGACAAUAAUUCCACGUCUUCGAGGAGCGUGACGCCGUCGUCGUCGAGUCAUCCGGGAACGCCGCCAAAUGCUACACCCUUGGGUGGACCCGAGGGCCCGCCACCACCCCAUCACCUCAAACACAUGGAGCAGAUGAUGGGACGAAAUUAUAGUGAUUUCAUGAGAAGCCUUGCUGCCAAGUACAACAACGCCAACCCUAAUGAUUACUUCAGUUCGCCGAGAAACGGCUACCCCCCGGGUUUAGAUCCGAGGUUUCCCGCGUUCAAAACAGCCGCCACCCCGUUCGUCGGAUUGAUGGCACCCUUGGGUGCGCCGCAGUCCUCCACCGUUCCGACCACCUCCCCCCUUUCUAAUAAGGACUCCAAGGAGCAGAAACAGGAGAGCCUGUUCGGUAGCCCCGUCUUCCCACCGAUGUUAGAUAUGUCGUCGACGCAGGCACUCUUGCACAUGGUCAGGACUGCGAACGCGGCGCAGAACGCGGCUGAACUCGAAACGUAUCUCAAAGGUGCGAACAAAAGAGAUGCGGGGGUGACGAGUCCCCUGGAUCUGUCGAGUCCAGGAGGUUUCGCACCUCGGAAACGGCCGAGGGCCGAGACCCGGAGACCCGGCAGCGUCUCCCCGAAACCUAAGCCGACCCCUCGACCCACCACGCCACCCCCGGUCAGGUGCCCGUCCUUGUGCGGCCACAUGCCCUGCGGCGAUGGACAAGCGGUCAACCGAUGGACCAUCGAGGACGUCGUCAAUUACGUCUCGUCGAUCGACAUCUGUGCAGAGUACGCGCAGAAUUUCCGUGAACACCGGAUUGACGGUGCAGCCUUGCCACUCCUGUCGGAGGACCACUUGACCGGUCCCAUGGGGAUGAAGCUUGGCCCAGCUUUGAAACUGCGCGCCCUUCUGGCCCGAAAACUAGGUGCGUGCACGGUUUGUCUGCACUGCGCGCACUGCCACCAGACACCACUGCCCGCAUUGAACGCAGCAGCGGCGGCAGCGGCUGCCACGUCUCAGCAACAGCAGCAACAGCAGCAGCAGCAGCAACAACAACAGUUGCCCAGUAGACGGCCGAGCAGCACGGGGAACUGACAAACACUGGCGGAGACUCCUCUGGGCCAGGAGAGCGCGUCGCCGCUCUCCGACCCGAACAGGGCCCUCAGGAUAGAACGGCGCGUAUCGCGUCCGAUACGCAAGCCGGAAGUGGUCUUCAAAAAGCCCAUCAAACAGUGACACGGUCCUGACGCGACCGCGCACGCUGUGCAAUUCUGGAGGCUCCGCCUGUUUCACAAGUGUUCGUUUCUCGUGCAUGGACAACGGCUGACCGUAUGUAGUAUAUCGAGUACCUGGAGAGAUAACGACUCCGAGAAAAUAGCGUUGUACUUACGAUUGAAUGCCUGGGUCGGUGAUGUUGAAUGAAGAAUGGAUGUGAGCGAGCCUGGUGAUGACUCUUGAACUGUGAGGGAUACAAGGUAAGAGUUUACGUCGAGUACCUAAUGGCCUUGGUUCUUCGAAUUCAACUCGUCGACGUUCAAUCUCGACUAUUUUAUUAUCAUUUCUCGUGCUGAACGUUUCACGUUCGAACGAGCAUAUUUAUUUCCGGUUUCGAACUCGCAUUAAUCCAGUCUUUCAAUUUCGUUCACAAGAGAGUUUCUUAUGUACAUCUCUAAAAAAAAGCUUGAAUUACAUUUACUACCGGUUUUAGUCGUUCACUUUACCAUUUGGUUUCACUAAACAAAGUAACGUACAAAGUGAUACUCAGUGCCUAGAAGGUUUAACAUAAACACAGAACUUGAGGUGGUUUAUGCGUGAUAUAAAAUUGUAUUAGUGACUCACGAAAAAUUCGUAAGAGAUUUGUACCGUUGGUUAGACUCGAUUCUCUGCGCUAAGCAGGUAGCGGAGGAUGACUAACAAGUGCUAACGUACCGUGUUUAAAAUUGAAGAUAGACACGCGAUGAGCACAAAGGAGCUGACGCGAUAAUCAAAUUAAUUGGAAUAGGAAUUAACGAUUAGGCUCGACUCGUUUCCGUGCUGGCUUAAAUUAACAUAUCCCGGUUGAAGGCAUUUCAACCGGAAAUUUAUUCGGUAGAUCACAAGCAAUUAAUUCAUUCGUUAGAGUAUAUAUAUGUACAUACAUAGAAUACGAUAUCGAGUCCAAUGUGAUGUUUAGAAUAAUUGGAUCGAGCUUUUAUGAAAUCGGUGUGAUCAACGAAACAGGUGCCUAUAUCGAAAACGUCUUCCAACGAAAGCCCGGCCUUAAACGGACAAUGGAACGAGUUAACUUUCAUUACACUUCGGAAUUGAUAAUAUUAAGCUUCUUAUCCGAAACGGAAUUAAAGGAAAAAAAUCUGAGAUCAAUAGACGAUUGAAUUAAAUAGUACGAGGAUGCACCGAGUGGUGAUUUUAUUCUUUCAGCGUUGAUGCAGUAGAGGAAUACCGUAAGAGUGCGUGGGGAAAUGAAUGAACGUAUUAAAUAUGUGCGAGGAUGAAAAAAAGAAAGGAAAGAGACAACACGUUGUUAGGGGAAAAAAUUGAUGUGCAAUAAUGAGAAUGGAUCGUUUCUUUUCGUGCGCGACGACUCUGCGAUAGGAUGAUACGUAUUUGCUCAAAUCGUUGUUUCUUUUAUAUAUUUUAAUGAAGUUUUUAUAUUAAUGAAAUAUAACGGCGAAAUAUACUAAACUAUAUUUUUACUAAUGUUCUACGACUGCUAACAUCGGCGCUGCACGCGUACAUUCAUAUACGUACGCGUACACGCGCGAGCACAUAUACAUAUAUAAAUAUAAAGAUCGUUGAGCGUGAAACAAAUUUAAGAGAAAUAUACGUAAGGAACGAUGAUGAUAGAUUCGUAAGAGGCGAUGGAUCUUGGAGAAACUGUAAAUUAAUUUUCUUCUCAAUUAUUUUAUGGUUAUCGUUUAUUUAUUUAGGUGUAAAACCUGUUGCCUUAUUGUAUUCAUGUAAUAACAAUCUUAGUCGUAACGAAACGAGCGAGAGAGAGGGAGAGAAAUGUAGGCGAGGAACAGUUGCCAGGGAUGAGAGAGAGAGAGUUGAUAAGUUCGUAAGAACGAGCAGUAUUUUUAGAUUUACAUUAGCCUGAAUUUACUGCAGACUAUUAUACAAUUUAUAAAUAGUAUACAUACAUCGAUAAGCGCGUUCUCGCGCGCAAUAUCUGCUCGUGCUUUCAGCGUUGUAUUUUCAAAAGUUCCUUCCAUCCUCGUUUACUCGAUUCAAAUUCUUAACAAAAUAAUUCCUCAUUUCAUCAGCCAGAACGUUAUUUUAUAAAUCUUCUAACAAGAGCACGAGCAGGCAUUAACGGAGCUAGCGGCUUUUACUUAAACCGAGAUCACUGUACAUAAAGCUUAAGCAUUUAUUUAUACCGUGCUUUUACAAAAAAGAACCCCGUAGUAUUUUAUUUAGUUUGAUAGCAGAGGUUCACGCACAAUCACAUCCUCGUACCACGAGAUCAUUAAAUAUUGUUCGGGCAGCAGGAUCGACCGCGAGGUGAGAUCGAGAGCCACAGAAUGUGUGUGUUCGCGUGCAAACGAGCUGGAGAUUAUUUAAACGAGAGAAAGAGAGCGCGAGAGAGAGAGAGAGAGAGAGAGAGAAUAAUAUUGUACAGAAUGGGGCAGAUGAAAGAGAGGGCAAAAAGAUGUGGGCGAUAAGGCAAUCUUGUGAUACUUCAACAAUUUGUUUUCCAACCAUUUUUCUAUUCUUUCUAUGACUCUUUUCUGCGCCCGAUCAUCCCCUCUUUCCUUUCGACGUACACCCUUUUUUUUUUAAUUCCCUUAUCGCAAGUCUGUCUUGUAUUAUUCUUCUGAUUAACUGUCAUAUUAUGUAUAGUAGAAAUUAAUGGUGAAAAGAGAACAAGAACAGUACAUUGUUUCUGUUAAAAUAAACAUUGUUGAAAAAUA